AUGGUUGUCGGGUUAUUGCGCUGCCCCCAGUCUGGGGUGCACUGCUUGAGUUCCCAUUUGUAUAGGAUCACGUCCGCGCAGAACCCGAUUUAUUCCUCGGUCAAAGGCCUGGCAUAUCGUCGCAAGCCGAGCCAAUCCUUCUCGACUUCAGCAAAAUGCCUGUCUGAAGCUCUGGAACGGACGCGCAAUAUUGGGAUCAUUGCCCACAUUGAUGCGGGAAAGACCACGACAACCGAGCGCAUGCUGUUCUACAGUGGCUUCACUCGACGCAUCGGAGAUGUGGAUGAAGGCUCCACAGUGACCGAUUUUCUGCCUGCUGAGCGAGCUCGAGGCAUUACUAUUCAGUCGGCCGCCAUCACUUUUCACUGGCCUCCCGGAGAGGUCGAUGGAGGGUUAACGGCACACGAUCAAACCCUUCCGCGGUCUGCAGUUCCGCAUACCGUGAAUUUGAUCGAUACCCCCGGGCAUGCCGAUUUUACGUUUGAAGUGAUGCGGUCUCUACGCAUCCUUGAUGGCGCGGUCUGCAUCUUGGACGGUGUGGCUGGGGUCGAGGCCCAAACCGAGCAGGUAUGGCACCAGGCUAGCACAUACCAAAUCCCCCGGAUCAUCUACAUCAACAAACUAGACCGGGAUGGUGCCGCAUUUGGCCGAACGGUGCGCGAGGUUAGUUCGCGCCUGAACGUAUAUCCGGCAGUGUGUCAGAUCCCUUGGUUCGAGAAUGGGAAUGAGUCUUUCAUCGGAAUAGCAGACGCGGUCCAUCUCCAAGCGCUGCGGUGGCACGCAGGGGAGGAUGGUCGUACACCUAAAAUGGUUAGUCUAUCCCAGCUGGACGCGCAAGAGCAGCCCCUGGCGCAAGAACUUCGGCGUGCACGAAUUGCACUGGUUGAGCUACUCAGCGAGUACGACGAGUUCAUCGUGGAAAAAUUCUUCGACUGUAACGAAGAUCACCUCGCAGUUUCCCCAGCCGAUAUCACCGAAAGCCUACGGCGAUGCGUCCUAGAGCCGACAUGUCGGGUUGUUCCAAUCUUCGCAGGAGCCAGCUUCCGAAAUAUGGGCGUUCAACCCUUGUUGGAUGCCGUGGUCAAUUUUCUUCCAAGCCCGCCCGAAGCACCAGACCCAGAAGUGAGCAUUGAUGGUGUCAAGGGAGGACUUCGGGGGCUACUUUCGGGCGACCUGAUCGUGCAGCAAAGCGAGAAGGCAUCUGCUGCAUCCAAAGGUAAAUCUUCCAAGAAGCAGAAAUCUGGAUCCCCGCUGGACGCCAAAGACGCUAUGAGUAAGCUCCAUAGUUGUGCCCUAGCCUUCAAGGUGGUCAAUGAUGCGAAGCGUGGCGUACUGGUUUACGUGCGGGUAUAUUCGGGCUCGCUGGAUCGCAACAGCCUGCUUUUCAACACCAAUUUGCACGUUUCUGAACGUGCACCUCGUCUGUUGAAGAUGUAUGCCAAUGAUGCAGUGGAAGUGGAUUCCAUACCUGCCGGUCAUAUUGGAGUCGUCGUCGGACUCAAACAUGCCCGGACAGGAGACACCCUGGUGUCCUAUGCAGGGAACAAGGCGACGCCGCCUGAACCACUAAAUACCCUUCAGUUGCGACCAAUCGAUGUGCCGCCGCCGGUCUUUUUCACCAGUGUGGAGCCGCACAGCCUGAGCGAGGAAAAGCGGAUGCAGGACGCACUGGCGCUGCUCCUGCGAGAAGACCCCAGCUUGCACGUCACCGUGGACGAGGAAUCUGGGCAAACUCUCCUGAGCGGCAUGGGUGAGCUGCAUUUGGAGAUCGCACGGGAUCGUCUGAUCAACGACCUUCGGGCCAAGGCGUCUAUGGGCCGCAUUGAGAUCGGAUACCGAGAAACGGUGCUCGGCGCGUCUAGCACGGUCACCAAGAUCUUCGACAAAGAAAUUGCUGGCCGUCGAGGGAAAGCAGGCUGUACCGCUCUGGUAGAACCAUUUGAUACGGAAGAUGCCUCUCACGUUGCCAGCGAAGACACAAUCCUCGCCGAAACCAACGAUGGCAACCGGAUCAUCAUCCAGGCCCCCGGUCUGCAAGUCGAUUACUCGUCCCGAGAUGGAGGAAAGACCAGUCCGUUCCUACCACCAGGCCUGGAUCUUGCAGGCUUUCGAACGGCGUUUCAAAAUGGUGCUUUGGCCGCGCUCGCUCGAGGACCCAAUUUCACAUUCCCCAUGCACAAAACGCAGGUCACUCUCACCCUCGACCCAGCGGAACACCUAUUCAGCAACGAAACCACCACGUCUGCCCUUUCUGCUGCCGCACGUCAAGCCACGGCUGCCGCACUCCGGGAUGUUGUGUCGAACGCAGGAACAGUGAUGAUGGAGCCGGUCAUGAACGUUGUCAUAAGUGUCGACGAAGCAAGUCUCGGGUCCGUCGUUCAUGAUAUCUCCUCCUCCCGUGGUGGGCACAUUGUUUCCCUGGACGAGGAUGUGCCUCUCUCCGCAACGGACACGUCGCCUGCUCCGGGCACUGCUCGAAACGAAGAUUCACUGUCUCCUAUUGAUCCCACCCGCGUGUACGCGCCGCUGGAUCCAUUCGAGACCCCCUCUGUCGGAGUGGAGGUUCCUAUGUCUAGGGCCCAGCCUCGCACCAUCUCAGCAAAGGUGCCACUCAAGGAGAUGGUUGGGUACCUGAAGCACUUGCGCAGCCUCACUGCCGGCCGUGGCACCUUUGUGAUGAGCGUGGAUCGGUUUGAGACUAUGUCUGCGCAGAGACAGAAGGCCGUGCUCGCGGAACUAAGAGGCGGCUUCUGA